AUGACGGAUUCAAGUGUAACGUAUAGUGUGGAUGAUGCACUAGUGAAAUUAGGGUUUGGAAAAUACCAAUAUUUAGUACUUGGAUAUGCUGGAAUGGGAUGGAUUGCAGAAGCAAUGGAGAUGAUGAUCUUGUCAUUCGUCGGACCGGCCGUUAAACUCGAAUGGAAGCUUAGUGCUGCUCAGGAAAGUCUUAUCACUACCGUUGUGUUUGCAGGUAUGCUCGUUGGAGCAUAUUCUUGGGGUCUUGUUUCUGAUAAAUAUGGAAGAAGGAAAGGAUAUAUGUUCUCAGCAGUAUUAACUGCUGCAGCUGGAUGUCUAAGUGCAGGUUCUCCAAAUUACGCAGUCUUGCUAAUAUCACGUUGCAUUGUAGGCAAUGGCCUCGGCGCUGGUCCUGUACUACUAACCUGGUUUUUAGAAUUUGUACCUGCACCUAGUCGCGGUACAUGGUUAGUCCUUUUCCAAGCCUUUUGGACGGUUGGUUCUAUUGUCGAGUCUGCCUUAGCCUGGGUUGUAAUGCCGAGGUUAGGAUGGAGAUGGUUGCUGGGUCUAUCAGCUUUGCCCUCAUUUGUUUUGCUCAUAUUCUACCUAAUUACACCCGAGUCACCAAGGUACUUAUGUUUGAAAGGUAGAAAAGCCGAGGCCUUUCAGGUAUUGGAAAAAAUGGCCAAAGUAAAUGGCAAAGAACUGCCUCCUGGGAUUCUCGCAACUGAUAUGGAACUAGAAGAACAAAAUUUCGUCGAAGAUGAUGGUGCUGUAUCGAAAAAUUGGAAGGAUACAGAAAUGAGUGUACAACGAUCAAUUAUGAUACUCCUUUCACCAAAAUUGAUCCGUACAACAAUACUUCUUUGGGUCGUGUUCUUUGGAAAUUCCUUAGCUUACUAUGGUCUCGUGUUACUCACUACUCAGUUAAACAAUGACAAUGUAUGUGGUCCUAACAAGAACAACGUCGAGGAUAAUAGUCCCGGUGCUGGUAUCAAUUAUAAGGAAGUCUUCAUCACUAGUAUUGCAGAAUUCCCCGGCCUUGUCAUUGUUGGACUACUAAUUGAUCGAAUUGGGCGUAAGAAUUCAAUGGCACUUAUGUUAGCUGCCUGUUGCGCGUUCUUGGUGCCUUUGGUAGCCCGUCGAUCUGAAACUUUAACAACCGUUCUUAUGUUUGGUUCUCGAGCAUGUAUUAUGGGAACAUUUACUACUGCUUUCAUUUUUGCUCCUGAGAUAUAUCCAACAUCUGUAAGAAAUACCGGGUUUGGAACUGCAAGCUCUAUGGCAAGAAUUGGCGGUAUGGUCAGCCCUGUCGUGGCUGUAGCCUUAGUACAAGGAUGUCAUCAAAAGGAAGCUGUCCUGUUUUUUGCCGGUGUAGUCUUGGCUACAGCCGUUGCUGUCUUGCUCAUUCCAUAUGAAACUAAAGGCCGCGAAUUGACUGAUAGUGUUGGUAGUACUAAGCAUGAUAGAAAGAAAGUUACCAAAGAAGAGAUAGAUGUGCAAAGACCUCCAACUUUGAAUAAUGCCUAGGACUCUUAGCAAUUACAAGGGAAUUAUGAAACUUCUUAGUUUUUCAAACUUCUGAUCUUUUUAUUCAGGAGUUUGUAUGUUUUAGGUACUUUUUUUUAUCAAAUAUAAAGAAGGUAGUGAUAACUAUUUGUUUUAAUGUCUUAGUUUAGUUGCCACUAAUUAGUGAACUUGUUUGAGCAAAAGGACUCUCCUAAGAAGAUAGCAUGGAAUCUUUGAUUAUGUGAUGUUUAAGUAUAGGAUUUGUACCUGUACUAAAUUUUGAGAAUUUUAGAGAUCAAUUAAUUUUUUUAUUCACAUUUUCUUCAUCUUUAUGUUUACAUGUUAAUUGUUUUAUAUCACAUUUUAGUAGUAUGAAUCAUGAUUAUGUAUAUUGCAUUCAAUUACAAAAUCCAUCAUCAAUAACAGUUUUUAACCUCAUACUAAAGGAGUGUUUAGAACGUGUCAAUUUCAGGUGCAAAUUUUUCUCGUUAAUUUUUUUUUUUAGCUUCC